AUGAGAAACAUCUUUUUUAAAUUAGUUAUUCUUUCUCUCAUCUUAAGCUUGGUCGCCUCAAAGCAUGAGACUCUCAGCAAGUUCAGGAAAGACCCUGACCUGAACAUGAACAAGCUCCAGAAGAAGGCUGAUAAGAAUCUUAGGAUGGCCUUGGUUAUGUUGAAAUCCGUCCGCCUGAUCAUGGAAGGGCUCCAAGGCUAUAGUCUUCCAAUCCAAGAAAUGCUUUCUUUCUCUAACUUGGUGAUCGAUAUUGUAUUGAAGGCUUUCAGACGUGAUAAUCUUAGUUUAAUAACCCCCUCACUCAUCAUGCAGAAAUUGUUCUAUGAAUUCAGAAAUUUUGCUAGGGAAGUUAUAACAGAGUCGGAUUACGGUUAUUAUACCCUUUUCUUCUUGUAUGCAAGAAAGGAAUUGGGAGCUAUUAGCAAGAUCAUUCAAACAAAGGGCUUCGAUGAAUUCACACAAAACUCAAAUUGCACUCGCAUGAGGAUUGCACAAUACUUUAUGCCUACCUUUGUGGGAAAUAAUACUUCUAAUUGAUCUCAAUUCGAUGACAUUAUCAUCAGUUUUUCUGAACAGCCGAUUGAUCCUGUCAUAAAUUUUACACCUUUGGUUAUGAAACUGGCCAUUCUCUUAAUUCUCUUAGUAUCAAUUUAUAUUGCCUUCAACCGACUCCGUAAAGAAUGGGAGACAUAUAAAUCCCAUAGAAAUUCACUCCACACACUGUCAAGUGCAGAGCUUAGCCUAAAGCCAACUAGGCUCCCAGAAGCGAAGAUGAUAUCUUUAAAUAUCCCAGAGAUUUUGGAAGAGUCUCAAGAAUCUUCGAGUUCCCCUUCAAUUCUCCAAUAAAAACCAGAAUUCUCUAUUCUUCCACUUCAGUCAAAGAUGAGGUCUGUCUUAGUUGCUCCUAGACAUCAGAAGAAAUGCUAAAACUGGUAUUUAAAUUUUAUUUCCC